GAUAUUAUCGUAUCGUUAUAGCGUUCUUUUUGUUGCAUAAUUAUGCAAAGAACGCUAGAACGAGGUAGGUACCUAAGUAUACCUAUGCAUAAUUAUGCAUAGGUACAGGUACCUACUUAUGUUAUGUGUAACAUUUUACUUCGACAUUUUAACAUAGGUAACCCAUAAUAAAAAGUCAACAAUCAAUCACAGAAUACAUGCAGAAUACUUCUAACAUCAAUAUUCAUUCAUAUACUUACCUAUUAAUACUUUUUUCUACCGCAUACCGUAUUUAUUUUUAAAACCUGUUUGUUUGACUUUAGUUGACUACAUAGUUGUCUGAGUUUUCUGGUCUUGAAUAUAAUUUUAAUUAAAAGAACAGUGAUGAAGUAUUACAUUACGUAGAUAUAAUAAGUCAAUGAGAAGAAUAUUAUCUAUUUUAUAAAAUUCCUUGAUUGUUUAGUGUUACGUUGUGAACAUGGAUAAACUUUCUGAUGACAGCAUAUCUUCGAUAAAAGUUAUCGACUUCGGGUCUGUCCCUGUGGAUAGCAUGGUUAAAAAAGUCAUCACUUUGGACAAUACAAGCGAUGUCUAUUUUUUUCAGAAAGUACUUACCUAUCGCGUUUCUUUGUUGUAUUUAUCAAAUGAAGUGGACCGUGUCUUUAAAGUGUCGAUCUCAGACACAGGAGUGGAGCCAGGCGAUAAAGUUGUAAUAUACAUUGAGUUCAAGCCUAAUAUAGUGGGCCAGUCUUUCACUGAUUACUACAUAGUGGAUGACACUGGAGGAGGCAGUUUCAGGUUGACUAUCCAUGGAAAGUGUUAUGGUCCAGAAGUAAUAUUAAGCGAACGAAAACUAAUAUUCAGAAUAUGUAAGAACGUGUCGGAGCAGAGACGGGAACCUAUCAAGAUCGUGAACAAAUCUUCUGUAGACACUACGUACCAGUGGUUAAUGCCACUAAAUGGCCAGGGGUUCUUCCAGAUAUCUACUGGAAACUGUGGCCUGAUAAGGGCAUAUGAAACUAUAAUGGCAUCCGUUCUCUUCUCUGGUACUGCUUUGGGAAUAUACACUGCUGAACUUGUCUGUUUGGUUCUAAACCAGGAUCCCCUAUUCCUAAACGUUGUGGCGACAGUGGUAUUGCCUGGUAAUCCUUUGUUCAACAUAAAUGACCAUGUUUUCGAAAAGGGUUGGAAACGUAAAAGCCGUUAUACACACCUUAUGGAAAACAGCCUCAAUCGGCUAGGGUAUAUACCAGCGGCUUCUGUUUUCGAGAGGUACUUGGAUUUUGGCAUGGGAAGCGUGUCAGACAUCACUUUCAACAUAUCUCAGACCCUGUGUGUUACCAAUCAUGAGCAGGAAGAGGGAUAUAUACAGUGGGUACCAGAUGCUGAUGACGUAUUUUUGAUCGACCCAAUCGACGCUGUAAUACCAGCCAACGAAUCUAGACUAUUCACUGUUCGGUUCAGGCCCAAAGUAAAAAACGAAGUUUUUGGGUACUUGAUGUGCGGCGAUUUCCAAUACAAGCAGUUUGACUCGGACUCCGACGUGGUGAAGCUGAAACACACGUGGUUCCGUAUACCAUGCGUCGGGAACACUUGGCCGACUUGCACGCAAUGGGGCGCCGAUUGCGACUGCCCUACUGAGGUUACACUACCACCAACUGUUCCAACGAGGACCACCUUUACGAACUUUAUGUUAUCAAACAAACUGGAAAUACCAAUGUAUUACAAGUUCGAAGCACCUACCUCCACAACUUUCGUUGUGAUGCCUAUGUGUGGAAUAGUGCCGAGCAGGGGUUGGCAGAUAAUAUCAGUGGCACUGGAACCUAAAUCUUUUGGAGAAUACUACGAAACAUGGGAUCUCGUCAUCAAUAAGACACAUAAGGGUGCUUUCCAAACCACGCGGCUGACGCUAAGCGGCAACGCGGAGGUGAGUUACGUGGAGAUGAUGUCCCACGGGAUCGCGCCCUCCACCCAUGCCAUGUACGAGUUCCAGCCCACCAUCACAGGCUGCACCAACUACGUCACCUCUUAUCUCCACAACCACACUAGGAUGGAGGUCCAUGUUAGAAUUCUCAGCAAUGUAUCGUGGUUGGGUGCCGACAAUAUGGGCUCCAUCGUUCUUCCGCCAAAGCAAAUAGUCCCGUACCACUUUUGGUUCUUUCCCAAGACUGCAAACAAAGUUUACGAGACAACAAUCACUUGUUCGUGCAUCUGCUUAAUUGGUGGAAAACCUGUCGGAGAACCAAAGGAAAUAUUUACACGCAUAAUAGGAUUUUCCGAAUUGCCAGAUUUACGGGUGUUGCCAAAACUCAACAAUCUUCACGACAUUGUGGUGGGCGAGAGCAUGUCUAUUUCUAUCACGCUAUAUAACUACGGUAGUUGCUUCUUCACGUCACAAUUAUUCCACGACAUCGACGGCAUGGGGGAUGAUUUCAGCAACGACAGAUUGGAAAUAGUUUCCACAGUCAAUAGCUUGAAGCCAUCACACCAUUGCGAAGUGGUUUUCACAGUGACCCCCAACGGUGCAGGAUCACGCAAGCUGAGCAUCAAGUACAGUGUGCUUUAUCGCACUGAAGAAGGAGAGAUCGAGGAGAUACAACCGGUCAAAAAGACUAUCUGUACUAUAUGGUACGACGGGAUAUAUCCUACGUUGAAGGUAAAACGAACUAUAUCAAUUCAGUGUCCGAUAAUACUGAGUAAUCAUUGCGUUUGGAACAUCGUCAACGUUGAAGAAUUGAACAAAGCUUUCGAGGACUGUCGGCCCAACAAACCCUUAACGGUCAACAUAUAUGUGCCCGACCUGUGCGUACGCCCAGGCACUGUCGAGUUGAUAUUCAUCCUUGGUUGCAUAUACAAUGCGCCUGUAGCCUGGAGGCUGAAGAGAGAGAAGAUUUGCGACUGCGAAAUGAUUGAGGUCCAAAUCGGAAUCUCUACCUUUGAGAUGAGACAUAAUUGCGUUCACAGGAAAUUGAUCGAACUGUCACCUCUUAGUGGAAUUGUUACGCCUGAAAAUCCAAAUCUGAUCUUCCUAAAAGCUAACUACGAACUUGAAGGCCCCAAUACACUCUGCUACUUGAUAACGAUGCCCAACCAAAGAAUUAUUUAUCUGAAUAUCAACAUAUACGCCCAUUUAAAUACUAAGGGAAUUCUGACUCCUUUACGAAGACCCGUCGGCGUCACAGAAUAUUUAGCUGUAUUGAAUUGUGGCCGAGUGCCUAUCAACAAUUUGGAUCCAGUUAUAAGAAUCGUGUGGCUGUACAAUCCGACGGACGUAUUUACAACAUGGCGUCUUUUGCGCGGGAACACGAUAUCUCCAGACUCCGUGAUACGCUGUUUACUGUAUUUCUCCGAAGUGCCCCCCCUGGGCAAGUUAGCCAUUCCUUUCUCAUUUAUGCCCACCGAAAUGGUAGAUUAUGAGGUAGUAUUCCUAUGUUCGUUCGGUUACGACACUGAAAAAAUAUUAGUUUAUGGACAAGGCGGUUUACCCAACUGUGUAGAAACACGUCCCGAUAUACCUAGUUAUGUGGAGAGAGUUAUUAGAUCCGCAUAUAGGAAAAAUGUGAUAUACCUUUCGGUGGAACACAUUACGAUACCAAUAAUGCCAACCCAUUCGUUGUCAAGAGACAUAAUUGCAAUUUGCAACGAUACAGAGAACCUUAUAAGAUUCAUAUGGUUGCCCGAGAGAAUCGCAAAUAUAAUAAACAUCGUGAUGACUCCUUGCUGGGGAGUAAUUCAGCCGAAAACAACAGAAUGGAUAACAAUGACAGUAUACACUUUGCAAGAACCUGCAACAUUCACAACAACUGUGGCUUGCGAGAUAUUAGAUUUGACAGAGCGCAAACGAUAUCAACGAAACGAACUAUUGAGGAAAAACAAAAUAGAGAAAUGUAAUCAAGAAUUUAUCAUCACCGAAAAAGGAUUAUUUCAUCCAGGUAUAAACGAUGAACCCCCUUACGUGUUGGACAUGGCCAAACCGGCGCCGUUUUACCUGGCAAUGACGGUCUCAAUAUGCUCUAAAGGCCAGCGAGACGGGUAUCCCAGAAUGCUAUUGAAACAAAUGUGGGAACAAACUCCGGCCUACGAUCUUCUAUCUUCGGAUCUUAGCGAUUACGGAGGCAUCAACAGAUCUUCGACCGGAAACAAUAUGACCACGUCUGACAUAAUUCGCGUUAUAGAUGGCAUUUUAUGGGAUGCUCUUCAUAGCAAGAAACUUAAGCAUCAAAUUCAGUAUUUAGCCAGAGAAGAAAUACCAACAUAUUCUCAGCUUGUGAAAACAAUCGAAACUGAUAAAAAACCUCGUUUGAGUCGCAGAGUGACAUCCGGGAUAUGUGACGCUAUCGUCAACAAAGCUGUAUUCCAUGUCUAUAGUCUCAAUCCAAAACAUGACAUGACAAUACUGGAGGCAGAAGAAUAAUGUCGCUUAUGUGGUAUAUAAUACACGUCGACUUCUGGAAUCCGUGUCACGUCUUUAUACUUUACAGGGCAGACUGAGCCAUUUCAACAUUAUUUACCGCCCCAAUACUGCUACUUUGAAAAUGUCCUGAUUUUAUAUGUUAUGUUUAGUCAUAUUAAACACUAUAAUUUAUAACUCAA